AUGGAAUUGCAACGAAGAUUAAAAACAACCCUCAAUAAGAGAACAAUUCCGAUCACGCCAAUUGAAUUAGAGCCUUUAGAGUCUUUAAACCAAGCGACCCCUUAUCUUCAGUCUCACAUGACGGCUGUGGAUUCUACGUCAACGUCAUUACCGGAUUCAAUAUCUGGAACUGUCUCUGAAAAUAGCAGUAAGGCUAGUAGAAUGCCAGGGACAUCAUCCGUUUUCGUCACAGUUAAGACUGUGGAAGAACUGGAAAACGAUUCCGUCUUGAACUACAUUUUGGAACGAGCGCUGCACAUACAAGAAUUUAUCACCAGUUGGACAACAAAAUGUAACAACAAAACAAUAGAUUUGAUUGGUCUUCUCUGGAAGAUAAACUUACCGGCAGCUAACCUUUAUGAACAGGAGUCAAAGAUAAACGUUAUGGAAUUAAAUUUGACCCCACAGCACAAAGAUAACCUGUUAAGAAAUCUCACAGGAUUUAAUCUUCAGUUGGACCCAAUUCACAAAGACGGAAACUGCUUCUUCAGAGCAACAGCCCGGCAGCUACAAAAACACUUGCAACGUUCGGAUUUGCAAAAUCUACAGCAUAUUUCCUCACUGGGGCUUGGAAUCAACGAGGAACGUGACACGGAAAACCUCAGACUACUUUUCGUGCGUGAAGUCACUGAGAAUCUCGAUGAAUACAGGGAGUGGAUGUCCUGUUCGUCAAAUGUACGGGAAAUUGAACGUUUUAAAACUGAUGGCCAUUUCGCAAGUGACAUUGGCGACAUCUGUGCUAAGGCAUGUGCUAAUCUCCUCCGUGUCCCGAUAAUUGUAAUUACAGCUUUGCCUAAUGUCCCAUCCAUUCCAUUUUUACCAAAACAUUUCAUCACUGCUGUACCUAUGUAUCUGGCGUACGACCAUUCAGGUCCAGGGCAUUAUGACGCUACAAAAGGUAAAUAAGCAUGCAUAAGGCAUUAAGACGGAAUCCACCAGGAAAUUGAGUAAUUUAAAUUUUCAUUGUACAAAAAUACCAGAAUAAUUCAAACAACAUCGCAUUCUUUUUUUGAUAUUUUCAAGGGCUAUGGAUGCAAUUAGUUAUCUGUAACACCAAAGAAUGUGAAAAGAAAAUGUCUCAUGAGAGCCAGAGAAAAUAAAUGUCAAAUUUCACAAAAUGACACCUUACACGUGAAAUUUUCAGAACUUUACCUGUGUUUUCACAAUUCUCGUGAAAUUUGACAUUUAUUUUCUCGGGCUCCCAUCAGAAAUAGUCUUUGGUGUCAUUACAGAUAACUGUUUAUAUAUCCAUAGCCCUUGAAAAAUGUGAAAAAGAAUGCGAUAUUAUUUAAAUUGUUCUGGUACAAGGUUUUUGUUCACUGAAAAUCAAAAUUACUCAAUUUCCCGAUGGAUUCCGUCUUAAGCCUAGUUUAAGUGUAGCACGUUUGCUUGGAUGAUUUUGUUAUUGGCAUUUGUACGUUUUCCUGCCCGUGUGUGUUUAUAAAGGUCUUCUAAAUAAGCAAAUAAAUAUAUAAAGAAAUAAAUAACGAUUUAGAGGUAGCACAUCCACAAAGUGGUUCUUCUUCUACCUGAUUCCUGAUCGAAUUGGGAUUUGGAAAUGCUACCGGCAAAAAAAAAAAAACUCUCGGAGCAAAGGAGAGGAAGAACAACAAACUCAACCACAUAUGGCGUCGACGCCGGGAUUUAAAACCGGGCCACACUGGUGGGAGGCGAGCGCUUUCACUACUGCGAGCUACUACGCCAUCCCAUGCUCUCCGAACUCGUUAUUACCUAUUGGAUUGGCAAUCACUCAAUCAUAAAUAUCAAAGAAGAUACUCUCUUAUUUACAGAUGAAGAAAAAAACGAGUAUCUAUCAUUUGAAACGUGGAUAUCUUAAAAAUCAACUAGUCCAUAGGAUAAUAAUAAUUGUAAUAAUAAUAAUUAAUCAUGAUAAUGAUGAUGAUGAUGAUGAUAACAACGAGGGUUACCAUUCCUUUGAGAGGUUUUACUUACACUGUAUUUUUUCUCUGGUAUGUUUCCAGAAUUUCUGAAUUCGAAUGAUGAAACGGAAGGAAAUGACACUAAAACCAGAUGUACCUGUGGCAAGAAUGUUAAAGACCCUUCCAAAAUGGCUUGCACAUCUUCUAAAUGUCCUUGUAACAGAAAAAGUCAAGCGUGCUCAAGAAAAUGUCGCUGCUUCAAUUGUAAGAACAAAAAUAAUGCUGCCUUUGAGGGAGAGAGGUAA